AUGACUUCCGCCAGGACACCGCUCCUGGCAUCCUCCCGCCGCUCUCAAGACUCCGAGCGAUCGGACCGUCAAGCAGAGGCCGAAGACGAUGCUCUGCACGGCGAAUCCACACAACACCAGCACCGUUUCCUCCCCGAUGGCCCCUGGGCGAUCCGACUCCGCGAGAUAAUCAUCUUUAUCUGGGCGCUUCUGGCCACGGCCGCUGUGAUCAUUCUCGCAGUAUGGACCCAACAUCGCCAGCAGACGUCGCCAUACGUCAAGCCUUCAGGGAAGCGCAACCUGGUCUUCAUGGUGUCGGAUGGCAUGGGCCCAGCGUCGCUUUCACUGACACGCUCGUUUCGCCAACUCGUCGACGACCUACCAUACAGCGACACCCUCACGCUAGACCAGCACUUCUGGGGCACGAGCCGGACCCGAUCGACGAAUAGCUUGGUGACGGAUUCCGCGGCAGGCGCAACGGCGUUCUCAUGCGGCAAGAAGAGCUACAACGGAGCCAUUUCUAUGCUUCCUGACUACACCCCAUGCGGCACCGUGCUUGAGGCAGCGAAAAGAGCUGGAUAUAAGACAGGACUAGUUGUGACAACAGAUAUCACAGAUGCUACGCCCGCCUGUUUUGCAAGUCACGUACGCAUACGAGCAGAGAAUGACGCGAUUGCACUGCAAGAGAUUGGAGACGGCGUACUGGGCCGCAUGGUAGACCUGAUGCUGGGAGGAGGCAGAUGUCGUUUCUUGCCAAACACAACAGAAGGAAGCUGCCGCGCCGACGACAUCGAUGUGGCCAAAAUUGCGCAGGAGAAGCACGGCUGGACCUAUCAUGACGACCGCGCUGGCUUCGACAGCAUGGCACUAGGCAAGAACGUCUCGCUACCCGUGCUCGGCCUUUUUGCAGAUCAUGACGUUCCUUUCGAGCUGGACCGCCGUAACAUGGCAGAUGUCUACCCGAGUCUGAGCGAAAUGGCCACGACUGCAUUGCGGGCGUUGGAGGAUGCUACCAAAGACAGCGACCAAGGAUUCUUCCUUAUGAUCGAAGGAAGCAGAAUUGACCAUGCCGGCCAUAUCAAUGACCCAGCUGCACAGGUCAGAGAAGUCCUGGAGUAUGACAAGACUUUCAAGACUGUUGUGGACUUUCUGGAUAAGAGUAAGAGUCAGGGCGUCUUGGUCGCCACGAGCGAUCAUGAGACUGGCGGCCUCGUUACUGCACGGCAAAAUCCGAACGAACUUCCCGUGUAUAACUGGUAUCCUGCGGUCCUGGCAAAUGCCAACGCAUCAGCAGAGCACCUAUCUCGUCAGCUUCUUGAGCAUAUCGAUCAGACUAAUUCCAACCCUGACUCCACUGAAGACCUUAUUGACUGGAUCAAUACACAUCUAGUCAUUAACGGACUUGGCAUCACUGAUGCCCUCGAGGAUGAAUUGAAGAUUGUGGCAUCGUAUCCCGAAGCAUCAGUGACAACUCUCUCCAAGAUGAUCAGCGUUCGAGCUCGUGUUGGCUGGAGCACUCAUGGCCACUCGGCUGUGGAUGUCAAUGUAUACAGCUCCGGAGGCCCAGGAACAGACAAGAUCCGUGGCAACAUAGAAAACACGGAGAUUGGUAAGUUUCUGCGGGAAUAUUUGAGCGUGGACGUUGAUGCCAUCACAAAAGAGCUCAACAAGAAGACCGAUUCCAUUCCACAGUAUGCGAGUAGAGCGGAGCAGAACGGAUAUGAGACUGAGGGGCUUCCCAUGGAAUGGGUUAUGUAG